AUGACCGCUCUCACUAAGCAUACUGUUUGCUUAUGCCUCCUUGUUUGGAUGCAGAUCAGGACCAGACCCGAAAGGAUGGCAAAAAGUAACUGUAACACAAGAAGGACUGUGAAUGAGACCGCUGAGGGGUCUGCGAGCAACGUGGCCAGGAAUGAAACUGGUACGGAAGAGGUUCAGAAUGCUGCUCAGAAUGCAGCAAAUUUGAACAAUGUUGCAGCGGCUGGUGCUGCUGAUGGAGCUGCUGCUGCUCCGGUUGGAUUGGAAGCCGUUUUGGCUAUCUUGGCGCAAGUCUUGGCAAGAUUGCCUGCUGCGGCGGCACCUCCAGCGGCUCCACAUGUUGCGGAGGAAGUGGAGAACGUGGUGCCUGAUGGAGAAGAGGCACACGUUGUUAGGAAUCCGAUAGGGCGGAACUUUAAGUCGAUCCGUUGUCCUCUUGCUUACAAGAAGGACAUUGCUGUCCACUACUUGGACGGUGAUGCGCACCUCUGGUGGCGAGGUGUAGCAGCUCGGAUUGGUGCUGAGCAUUGCACGUGGGCCAACUUUAAGACCGAAUUCUGUGGGAAGUAUUUUUCGUCGGAAGCAUUUGAUCAGCUCGAGGGAGCUUUUCUCAGACUGGAACUGGGAACUAUGACUGUAAGGGGGUAUGAAGCGGAAUUCAACAGCAUCAAGAAGUAUGCUGGGCGUGAGGCUGAGUCGGAAAUCUCCUUGGUCCGCAGAUUCAAGCGCGGACUCAGGGUUGAUCUUCGAACUCGUUGUAAGAUCCGCAACUAUGAUACUGUGGCCGAACUGGUGGAAAAGGCCGCAGAACAGGAAGCUGGAAUCAGUGAGGAAGCCAAGGUGUUUGGCACAGUGGAGCAUGUCCAUCCUGGUAAGCAUGCGGGAAAGAAUCAAAAGCCGGUGAAGGCUGGCUCUUCCAGCAAGCCGAAUGCAGUAGGUCGCAGUGCUUGUUCGACUUGCAGGAAGAUGCACUCUGGUGUCUGCCGUGCUGCUAUGGGAGCUUGUCACCGUUGUGGAAGUAUGGAUCACAAGGUGCGUGAUUGCCCUGAGGAAGAUCUAAGGCCGAAGAGCCAGAAAAAGGGUGCUGGGGAACGUGUGUGCUACAACUGCGGUGAAACAGGGCACUACAAGAAUCAGUGUCCCAUGGAUGCACAAUCUGCUGGGAAGCGUCCGAGUGAUGGGCCUCAGCCGGUGGCAAAGAGGCAGGCCAUCAUGCCGCGGGUGUACACAAUUGGUGAUGAGUCGAUGGACCCAAGCACAUCUCGUCCGAUCACUGGGACCUUAGUCAUGGGUGGAGUGGCAACCCAUAUUCUGUUUGAUUCUGGUGCAUCUCACUGCUUUGUGCAACCCGAGAUGAUUGGAAUUGGGGAAUUUCAGAAAGAACCAGAAGAAGUAAGAGUGGUUCGGGCAGCUGGUGGUCAGAUCAUGUACACUUCAGGGAAAAUCUGA